CCCUCGAGGGGGCGAGCCAGAGGCCUCCGCGCAGGCCCGGUGCGUGCGCGGUGCCGACGGCGGCGACGACAGUCAUGGCGGCUCGGUGCGUGAGGCUGGCGCGGCGCAGCCUCCCGGCUUUGGCGCUGUGUCUCAGGCCAUCUCCUCGGCUGUUGUGCACAGCUACAAAACAGAAGAACAAUGGCCGGAACUUCGAAGAGGAUGUGGGUCAAAAUGAACAGAAGACAGAUACUCCCUCUACAGAGAAGACACUCAUGGACGAGAAGGUCAAGCUAGAAGAGCAGCUGAAGGAGACCGUGGAGAAAUACAAGCGAGCUUUGGCAGACACUGAAAACCUGAGGCAGAGGAGCCAAAAAUUAGUGGAGGAGGCAAAAUUAUAUGGCAUCCAGGGCUUCUGCAAGGACUUGCUGGAGGUCGCGGACAUCUUGGAGAAAGCAACACAGAGUGUCCCAAAGGAAGAGGUUAAAGACGACAAUCCUCACCUGAAGAACCUCUACGAGGGGCUCGUAAUGACCGAGGUCCAGAUCCAGAAGGUGUUCACAAAGCAUGGCUUACUCCGGCUGAACCCUGUAGGGGCCAGGUUCGAUCCCUACGAGCACGAGGCCCUGUUCCACACGCCGGUGGAAGGGAAGGAGCCAGGCACGGUGGCACUGGUCAGCAAAGUGGGGUACAAGCUGCAUGGGCGCACUCUGAGACCUGCCCUGGUGGGGGUGGUGAAGGAGGCUUAGCUGCCUCUGAAGGGCUUUCAUGGGGUUUUUGUAAUCACUUGCUGUCACUCUUGAAAGCCUGGCUCAUUUUCUCUAUGAGUACUUUUGACCCUUUCCCAAACCUUGUUGGAAAGCUUUAGUAACCAGUGGCUAAACAGAAAAUUAAGCCGGUUGCGCAGAUGUGUUCAUGAACUUUAAUUUGGGAGUCUGUUCAUUGAUUUCUAAUACACCUUUAAUAGCUGCGCACGCUUAGAGAACAGGCCGGCGGGUCACUACUGGACUGUGGGGUGUCAAGGAUAAAGCUCCAGCUGCUUAAAGCCUGGUAGUGUCCAAAUCCCAUGAACAAAUAAAACACCUUCGAGAACCCUGCUGUUUGGCUGGCUGGCCACCCAGCCUCACCAGGCCCUCCGGCACCCUGGCACACAGGGUCCUGGGUGCUCAGCCCAUACCUUCGUUCAUUGAAGGGAAGGUGAGACCCUAAGCACGUUCCUUCCCACCCAGAAAAGCUUCUUGAUGCCCCUGCUGAAGAACAUGUGUUAGUUCAGUUAUAGUUCAUUACUGUCCAGCUGCUGAAAUGCCCAAGCCCCGGCUCCCCCAGGAGACCGGGAGUGAGCACAUGCAUCUCAACAGGUCUCAACCGCCUUAUUUUGCUGGUUACUGAAUUUGAGAAAAUCUUUUUUGCCCUGUUGUUCAUCCAUUUGUAGAAAUUUUCAGAUCUCUAUUAGCUACUUACUGGAGACCUGAAGAUAUUUUCCCUUAUAAGAUGGACUUUCUCAAAAUCCGAGGACUGCUCGCUUGGUAUAUUUUAAAUGUUAAUGUUUAAUUUUUAAAUUUUAUUUAAGAGGAUUAAAGCCCUACUAUGUUUAUUUUCCUA